AUGAACACAUUUCGGAACGCUACCUUUGCGCCAACUGCCUGGCAACGGCUCUGGGAGCGACUUUCCCUCUUCCUCGCACUCAAGCUAUAUGAGUGGCGUCGGAUCAUACUAGCUCAGCCCCUAAAAAGGCCCAUAUCCGUUGUCUGCUCAGCCAACAACUUUUAUCAUGAUCCCGGGGUCCCAGAAGGCCACAUUCUCAUCCAUGCCGGCGAUUUGACAUCCGAUGGAUUCCUCAUCUAA